CAGAAGAAGAAAAAAAGAUUAGAGAGAGAAAGUUACAAAACUCCAGACUCUCUAGAGAGGAGAAUAUCAUUCUUGGCCUUUUCUUUCAUUUUCUCGGAAACUAAAGAAGGGGCUGCAAGUGAUGUUGACUAUGGGAGAAGAAAACGUGAUGACUACAGACAACAGAUUUGCUUCGCCGCAGCCACCUUCUUCUUCUCCGGCAACAAUCCAAAGCCCUAAUUUUAAUUUCAACCCUUUCAACUCAUUUUCCUCCAUUAUUCCGAAGGAGGAGCAUGGGAUGAUGAGCAUGAGCAUGCUGAUGAUGAUGGGAGAUGGAGGAGUGGAGGAAAUGAUGGAAAACGGGUCGGCCGGUGGGUCAUUCGGGUCGGGUAGUGAACAAGCAGAAGAUCCAAAGUCCGGAAACGAGUUUGAUGUUGCUGAACUUCAAGACGAGGAACAACCUCCUCCUGCUAAGAAGAAACGUUACCACAGGCAUACUAAUCGUCAGAUCCAAGAAAUGGAAGCAUUGUUUAAACAAAACCCUCAUCCAGACGACAAACAAAGGCAGAGAUUAAGUCAUGAACUUGGACUCAAGCCUCGACAAGUCAAGUUUUGGUUUCAAAAUAGGCGUACUCAAAUGAAGGCACAACAAGACAGAGCUGAGAAUGUGAUGUUAAGGGCAGACAACGAUAAUCUUAAGGCAGAGAAUUCUCAUCUUCAGGCGGAGCUACGGUGCCUCUCGUGUCCUUCUUGCGGCGGCCCCACCGUACUCGGCGACAUUCCUUUCAACGAACUCCACAUUGAGAAUUGUCGCCUCCGUGAAGAGCUUGAUCGUCUAUGCUCCAUAGCUUCAAGAUACACUGGCCGUCCAAUGGAAUCAUCACAGCCGAUGAUCAAUCCUCCUCUAGAGGUUCAACAUCAUCAACCUUCACUGGAGCUUGACAUGAGCGUAUACGCAGGAAACUUUCAAGAACAACCUUGUUCAGACAUGAUGUUGCUUCCUCCACAAGACACUGCUUGUUACCUCCCAGUUCAAACUAAUAACAACAGCAACGGCUACAACAUGUUACUUGCUGAUGAAGAAAAGGUUAUCGCUAUGGAGAUUGCUGUUUCUUGUGUCCACGAACUUACUAAAAUGUGUUACACAGAGGAGCCUUUGUGGAUUAAGAAGAAAUCCGACAAGAUGGGUGGCGAGAUUUUGUGUCUGAACGAGGAAGAGUACAAGAGGUUGUUCGCAUGGACAAUGGAGAAUCAUAACAACAAAGGGGAUUUUCGUAGAGAAGCUUCAAAGGCAAACGCAGUUGUCAUCAUGAACAGCAUCACGCUUGUUGACGCGUUUCUAAAUGCUGAUAAGUGGUCGGAGAUGUUCUGCUCUAUUGUGGCUAGGGCGAAAACGGUUCAGAUCAUUUCAUCUGGAGUGUCUGGAGCUAGUGGUUCUCUUCUACUGAUGUAUGCAGAGUUACAGGUUCUGUCUCCGUUGGUUCCAACUCGAGAAGCAUAUUUUCUACGUUAUGUGGAACAAAACGUCGAAAACGGGAACUGGGCAAUCGUAGAUUUCCCGAUCGACCAGAUCCAGCCAUUGAGUGCAAACACUCCUCAUGAGUAUAAGAGAAAGCCUUCAGGCUGCAUCAUUCAAGACAUGCCUAAUGGAUACUCACAAGUCAAGUGGGUCGAGCACGUGGAAGUUAACGAGAGGCACGUGCACGAGAUAUUCGCUGAGUAUGUGAAAACCGGAAUCGCUUUUGGAGCUAGCCGUUGGCUCGACGUGUUGGAGAGACAAUGCGAGAGGAUGGCUAGCUUAAUGGCUAGAAACAUAAGUGAUCUUGGAGUAAUUCGAUCUGCAGAAGGGAGGAGGAACAUGAUGAGGCUAUCACAGAGGAUGGUGAAAACAUUCUGUGUGAAUAUAAGCACUUCGUACGGACAAUCUUGGACCGCUCUGUCUGAAACAACCAAGGACACUGUGAGAAUCACGACAAGGAAAGUGUGUGAGCCUGGUCAGCCUACUGGAGUUGUUCUUGCUGCUGUCUCAACCACUUGUCUUCCGUUCUCCCACGCUAAAGUAUUUGAUCUUCUCCGUCAUCAACAUCACCAUUCUCUGUUGGAGGUUUUGUUCAGUGGAAGUUCACCUCAUGAGGUUGCUCAUAUCGCCAAUGGUUCGCAUCCUGGAAACUGCAUCUCUCUUCUUCGAAUCAAUGUCUCGAGCAACUCAUGGCAUAACGUGGACCUGAUGCUUCAAGAGAGCUGCAUAGAUAACUCCGGCAGCUUAAUCGUCUACUCCUCCGUCGACGUCGACUACAUCCAACACGCGAUGAACGGCGAAGAUCCUUCCGGUAUUCCGCUUUUGCCCCUAGGGUUCUCCGUCGUCCCCGUGAACUAUCCCGAUCAAGUCGAGGGUGUUUCCGUCAACUCGCAUCCUCUGCCGUCGUGUCUCCUCACCGUCGGGAUUCAGGUCUUGGCGAGCAACGUCCCAACCGCGAAACCAAACCUCUCCACCGUCACAACCAUCAACAACCAUCUCUCCUCCAUCGUCAAUCAGAUCACUUCCGUCCUUAGCAGCACCAUUCCUCCCGCGAUCGCAUCUUCCUCCGCCGGAGACGACGCCGUCGCCAAACAAGAGGUCAUUUAGUGACCAUGACUUCGAGGGUAUUUUGGUAAAUAAUGGGAUAAGUUUUUGUGUAAUACUCGGUUCAUGGUAAGACGUACGAGAACUCGAGUUUAUGUUUUCAUUUUUUUUUUGGGAGGGUCAAAAUGGUAUUUUAAACUAAAGAACACAGAGGAAGUCAAGAGCGCACCAGAUAGGUAUGUUGACUUUCUUUUUCCUGUUAACCGGAUUAUCGGUCAAACCGAUCUCCGAUUUAACAGAAAAGUGUAGCUGGUUCGGGUAUUGACUCUCUACUUGCUUUGACUCCUUGGACAAUUCAGUUU